AACGCAGCAAACACGCUACACGCCGAUAAGAACGACUUUUGUAGAAAUAUCUGUUGUGACUCAAAAUGAACAGUAYACCWAAUACAACGCUGGACAAAGUGCUGAUACAAGAGCACUCCUUCUCUUUUUAAUUAACCUUGUCAGAGCCUUACAAACAAUAAACGCACCCUACAAAGCGGCCGAGAGAACAAAACGAAUUUAGUGGUCCGUGUGAAGACGAGUGGUAGCUGCGACAAUCAAUGCUCCACAAAUGCGUGGUUGGGUUUCGCGCGAGCGCGAGGUUGGGCCGGUCUCUUUUGACUUCCCCAUUGGACCGCUCAACCUUCACUUCAGCCGCAAAACAAAUUUGAAUAUUUGAUUUAAACUGUCAUGAAAGCGGCCUUUUGUUGGGACCCAAACUUCAAUAAGGAAAUUAACGAGUAAUUUGGCUAAGUUUCGGUUUGAUAGACAUGUGAUAAUUAGUUAUUCUGUAUUUAAUCGGCAUCGACAGGCGGCCUCUUGUAAUGUCAACACCACUAUACAAGCCUACAAUUCAAAGGAUCCCUUGAAGCGGCUCAAAACAAAGGAAGUUUUUGAAGUCAGUCGGUCUAUUUURCAAGCGCUAUUUAGUUUGAUAGCUAAAAUACACACAUUGGAAGGUUCUUCAAACGUACCACAGCUGCUUGAAGGAUAACGUUCUCUCCGAGAAACAUCUGAGUAGAAAUUUUCUGYCUUUGGUCUGUCUACUAUGCCGAGGCCUUUGCGAAACAGCUACGGCAGCGCAAAGCCACCGUAUUCCUACAUUUCUCUUACUGCCAUGGCUAUACAGAGCUCUCCGCAGAAAAUGCUGUCACUAUGCGAGAUCUACCAGUUCAUUAUGGAUCACUUUCCCUUCUACAGGGAGAAUACCCAAAGAUGGCAGAACUCUCUCCGACACAACUUGUCAUUCAAUGACUGUUUUGUGAAGAUCCCUCGCCGUCCCGACCAGCCAGGGAAAGGAAGCUUAUGGGCCUUGCAUCCAGACUGUGGAACGAUGUUCGAAAACGGCAGCUUCUUGCGUCGCAGAAAACGAUUCAAGUCGGAGAGAGAUAGGACGAAGAAGCUUGCUAAAAUGAUAACUGCUGUUGCAAGAGAUGAAGACGAACCAAGUAUGGACACACGGACUCCUUCACCUCCAGUUGCUACCUCUACGAGUUUUAAACAUCCGUUCGCAAUAGAAAACCUGAUAGGUAAUAAUAGAAAGACCGUUACUACUGCGCCAACCGCUCCAAUACCAUCAUUGCCAACUUGUCCUACUUGUGUGAACACUCCAAAUGCUACCGUAAUUUCAGGAUACCAAAACAAUCUUUGGACGCCUGUCCCCAAGUACUGUGGUGGACAGUCGAAACCGUGCUCACAUCAUCAACCACAGCGCGUUAAGGAACUAGAAUGUGUUGUGAAUUCGUAUCCAACUUACUCCAGAUUCAGCCCUGACUUGGCUUGUGGGCUUGCAGACGUUAUGCCAUAUUGUGCAGCACAAGUAUCCAACGCUGCAGCUUUCGCUUCGCCGAUGUUUUCCAUGAAUUCGUCGUUCUAGAAUCCUUAAUCUACAUUCUAGAACGAGUAAUCGCGUGACAGACACAUUUACUAGAACACGAUUUACAUCAUAAUUUUCACCUCUUUUUUGUAUUAAAAAGGCGCGAAGUUCUUUCAAGAAAGACACCUCGGUAGAUAAUUUUAAUAGCUCGAAAUUAUUAUGUUUGUACAGAAAGUUAUUAUGUCUUGCCGCCAGAACAAGCCAAAGAUAAAUUUAGCGGGAUUAACGUAGAAUCCAAGGAAAGAGUUUAUCGUUGCUCAGUGUACUCUGGCUCGUAAAACUAACAAUUCUACAACAUGUAAAUAGUUUAUUGAUUGUUGAUGUUCUCUAUAUGUACUUAAGGUACGUUACUGCUUCUUAUCCCGUUAGCUAACAUCGUUUCCAGGUAUGCAUAUAAAUCGAUAACAAGGCAGAAUUAUUCUUUAUUGAUUCUAUAAGAAUCGACAUGUAGGACAUAUCUAGCGAAUUUCUAUAUCUAUAAAUAUAAAGCUUAUUUUUCAAAGAUUAUAAACGGUUUAUUGACUAAGAUACCUCAAAGUUUGCCUACAGUAUUUCCACUGUUGUUGUUUUGUAUCAACAUGCUGUGUGWGGGUUAGGAUUCUAGUGUUUUAGGAGUUUUUUUUGACCUUGGAAUUAGUAAAAAAGUAAGCUUAGAAACAGCUUUGUUCGGUACUGACUUUGUCAAAUCUACAGUAUAUCUUAUUGGUUUAAGGAACAACAUGAGACCUCUAUAAACAGAAACUACGAUUAAAUAAUUAUGAAGAAGUUAGAA